AUGACACACUCAGACGCUCGAGUGAAUGGAAGCCAUGGUGCUCAUGCUGGUGAAGGAGGGUGGGCACAGCCUAUGUACACAGCAAAGCUGAGUGAUGACCACAUCCAUGUAAUAUUGGUGUUUUUUCUCAAUUCCCUUCUAGCCUCCCUUUUAACCUUCUGGCACCUGUCCACCACUGCCCAUGCGACCACUGUAUCAGUGCCACCCAUAGUGUCUGAAGGAGAUGAUGUCCUGUUCCUUGUCCACAAUCUGCCAGAGGGAAUUGAAUCCUUGGCCUGGUUCAAAGGGCUGGGAGAUGAGGCAGAAGAAAUUGCAGCAUAUGCACUGCACAGCGGUUUAAGUAAGCCAGGCCCUGUGCACAGCAGUAGACAGACAAUAUAUCACAACGGAUCCAUGCUGUUUGAGAAGGUCAACCUGAAGGACACAGAAUUCUAUACCCUACGAACCUAUAAUAGAAGUGGAAAAAUCGUAUCAACAGCAAACGUGUACCUCAAUGUGUAUGCUUAUCUUUGGAAGUGUGGGUGCCUUGCUCCCUCUGCCCAGACCACUGUUGAAUCACUGCCAUCCAGCGUUGCUGAAGGGGGAAGUGUUCUUCUACUUGUACGCAAUCCCCCGGAGAAUAUUUUAGAGUUUCUCUGGUAUAAAGGAGAGGUUGACUCCAAGAACCUUUUGGCUAUGCAACCUAUACCAGCCAGGAAACCAACUGUGUGGGGGCCUGCAUACAGCGGCAGAGAGACAUUGCACAGUGAUGGAUCCCUGCUGCUUCAUGAUGUCACUGAGAAAGACCAUGGAUUGUACACAUUCCGAAUUCUGAGAACAGAUAUGGGAAUUGAAGAAGCACAAGUGCAACUCCAGGUGGACAGUUCCCAUUCUCUGUUCUGUGACACUCUCACUUCUUCCCAACUCAAAAUCCAAGCGGAGCCUCGGUAUGUUUCUGAAGGUGAAGAUGUACUUCUCCAAGUUCAUAAUCUUCCAGAAGAUGUGCAAGCCUUUUCCUGGCACAAAUCAAAGGAUGGGAGCCCAAUUUUUAAACUCAACAGAGCCAUGCCUUCCAUCUCCUGGGACAUUGCUCAGAGAACAAAAGGGAUGGCAUUUGAAAAUGGAUCUCUGUUGCUCCAGGAUAUCACUGAAAAAGAUGCAGGAAUGUACACACUAGAAGUUUUAAACAAAGAUUUCAAAAUUGAAAAAGCAUACGUGAAAUUUUAUGUAAAGAAGCCUGUGACACAGCCCUUUGUGCAAAUUACUGACACCACAGUCACAGGAGGUACAUCUGUGAUCCUCACCUGCGUUUCACCCAACACUGAUGUCUCCAUCCGUUGGAUCUACAAUAAGAAGAAUCUGCAGCUCACAGAGAGGAUGACUCUGUCCCCAUCAAAGUGUGGACUCAGAAUAGAUCCUGUCAAGAGUGAGGAUGCUGGAGAGUAUCAGUCUUGCAGGCACCCUCCCGCUACUGCCCAGAUCAUUACUGAAUCAAUGCUGCUCAACAUUGUUGAAGGGGAAAGCACUCUCCUACUGGUGUGUGAUAUCCCAGAGAACCUUAGACACUUUUUCUGGUCAAAGGAAGAAUCUGAAUGGCUGGACCCCGAUCAGUGGAAUUUGUACAAGGAUGUGAUGUUGGAGAAUUUCAGCAACCUUGUGUUCCUGGGUCUUGCCUCCUCUAAGCCAUACCUGGUCACAUUUCUGGUGCAAGGACGAGGACCUUCAGAUAUGAAGAGACAAACAGCAGCUGCCAUGGAAACAGGAAACAGACACUAUACAGGACUUUCUAAACACAUGAGCACUCAUGUAGAAGAGAAACCCUACAUUUGUGAAGUAUGGGGAAAGCCAUGCAAUCAUUCGUCACCACCUUCUGAGCACAAGAUGAUUCAUACGAGAAAGAAACCAUAG